CGAACCCCCGCAAAGAAAACAAAACAAGUUGAGUGUUGGGCGGACAAAACAGAGCUCUCGAAAAAGCAACGGCUUCUGAAAAACCAAAAAUUUCCUUCGCUUGUGUACAGCUUAACACUUUAACAUUGGCUUUGCUUCCAACUUAUGUUUUCCUAUUUCGAUUUUCCAGUUUGUUUUUUAAAAAAGUGAAAAUGUCGGUAUCAAUGUCAAAACCUUCAAUCUCAGCUUCAAUUCCCAUCCCAAAACUUCCAAAACCAUCAUGGUCGUAUUCACAGGUGAAAAUCCGAUGUGAAUCUUUAGAUUCAGCGUCGAAGAUUGAUCUCCAAAGACCACAAUCCACAUCAUUAUCGGCAGCCGGUAAGCUGAUGGAGUCCGAUGCCAAAAACGGGCCAUACCCAGGUGGGAUACCAAAGAUGGGACCCUUUACGGGUAGAGAUCCUAACGUGAAGAAGCCGGAGUGGCUAAGGCAGAAAGCUCCUCAAGGGCAGAGGUUUGAAGAGGUUAAACAAUCUCUUUCUCGCUUAAAUCUCAAUACUGUUUGCGAGGAAGCGCAGUGCCCCAACAUUGGAGAGUGUUGGAAUGGAGGUGGGGAUGGCAUUGCUACUGCAACAAUAAUGCUGCUUGGGGACACUUGCACCCGGGGUUGCCGAUUUUGUGCCGUUAAAACCAGUAGGAAACCGGCACUACCAGACCCCACGGAACCUGAAAAUACAGCUCAGGCCAUUGCGAGUUGGGGUGUGGAUUACAUUGUGCUGACUAGUGUAGAUCGUGAUGAUUUACCUGAUGGAGGAAGUGGACAUUUUGCUCAAACAGUCCUAGCAAUGAAGAAGCUCAAGCCAGAGAUCAUGGUUGAAUGUUUAACUUCUGAUUUUCAAGGUGAUUUGAAAGCUGUAGACACUUUGGUUCACUCAGGAUUAGAUGUCUUCGCUCAUAACAUUGAAACUGUGAAACGGCUCCAAAGAAUUGUCAGGGAUCCUCGGGCUGGGUAUGAGCGGAGCUUGUCUGUUCUAAGACAUGCAAAGCUCAGCAGAGAAGGAAUGAUAACAAAAUCUUCUAUAAUGCUUGGCCUUGGUGAAAGUGAUGAUGAGUUAAAGGAAGCCCUAGCUGACUUACGGGCUAUAGACGUUGAUAUUCUUACACUUGGACAAUAUCUGCAGCCUACACCACUCCAUUUGACUGUCAAAGAAUAUGUUACACCUGAAAAGUUUGCUUUCUGGAAGGAAUACGGGGAGUCAAUUGGAUUUCGUUAUGUAGCUAGUGGACCACUGGUUCGAUCCUCAUAUAGAGGAGGGGAGCUCUUUGUUAAGACCAUGGUGAAAGAAAGGGCCAACCAGACUGCUGCUUCAUCCCACUGAUCAUUUGCCUUUGAUUCUGAAGUUCCAUGUCGAUGUCCACCUGUGCCAAUAUGUCACAAGCAUUGGGAGCAACUGGUGCGAUGGUUCUAAACUGUGUAGGGUUAUGUUACAUAUAUAUUCAUUUUUUUUUUCUGAUAAUUUUUUGCAUACAAGAACUCAAUUGUUGAAUAUACUAAUAGCUGAAACUGAAAAGUAGGGAGAGGAUUUUGAAGUUCCAUUUUCUUUUUCUUCUUCCCUUGUGUUUACAAACCAAGUUAUUCAAUCAUUUUUAAUAAACUGCAAAAGAUUGAGUAAAAGCAACUUAAAACAGGAUACGUGACCCAAAUGGAAAGGACCAUCCAUGAAAGUCAGAACAACAAAUUCUAAAAAAGAGAAAAACCAUCCUUACAAUAACAUGGUAUAGUACAGUAACCUACAUAAUAACCAAAAAUGGUGAGUUUUCGUUUCCCUAAUCACAAGCAAAGGAUUAGUCUUUUAUGUAGGAGAAAGCCACAUGCAAAUUAAAUGCCUUUGCAUAUUCGUAUCUUCAACUCUAUUGUUUGUAUCAUCAGUCGGGCAUUGAUUCAAAUAUCAGAUUUUUAGAAGUUAUAAGUUA